AUGCUCAACCCGGAGGGCUUCUUGGUAUGGGCCACCGCACUGGGCUUUGGCGUUUCUUGUCUAGGCCAGGGUGACCCUCAGACCAUUAUGUAUGCGAAUCUGGGCCCCAACAACAGGCAAGUAAAGCAGGGGUCAGGCUCAGGAUUAAAUGGUGUUUUGCGCUGGAACUAUGGCAUGCCUGACGUCGGCACUUGUCGCGAGACCUUUCAGGGUGGUGGGCAUUUUCGCUGGUUCAUGCAGCCGUCGCAGAAUGGCACUGCCUACUUUUUGGCAGCAAGCUUAGAGCAGAGUUUGAGCAAUUUGCACAACAUUGAGACGGACGGAUAUAAUCGAGGACGUGACCAAGUGGUCAACAUCGCCACACAGCCCGGUGGUAUUGAAUGGAAGGGCAACAAAUUUAAUGCGACCGUCUCAUGGAUCGAUCCGGGGAUCCUGAUGAACGCCACGUCCCAGAACAUUAGCCAUCCCGAAAUGUCACUCCCGGGGAAGCCGGUCGUAGAUGGCCGGAUCGCCGUGCUCUAUGUGCACACCAUUACUCGGAAUUAUGGAGAAGCGUAA